UCCCAAAAAUCAAAGCUGGAUGACUCAGAAAACUCUAGAUUUUUGUUUGUAUAGGUGGCUAUACUUUAAUGGCAGGGAUAUGACUGAAUUUCAAUAUCGAAUUUAUGUGAUUCUGUAUCCAAUGUGGCUGUGAAUCUCUGUAAUGAUUCAUGUGUUCCAAUUCCAUAUCGAUUCUUAUAGGAAGAAAGUGGCAUUCCGACAUAUUCCUGGGAACAGUCGAAAACAAUGGGAAGGAGAAACACGUACGCGAGGCCCCGAGAGUGGUCACGAAUUUCACCGUGGAUCUGCUCGAGUUGAGGGCUCAGAGCGAACAGAGAUCCGCAACCGGCAAACCCUAGCAAACUGGGAAGCCUUUGCACGCUCGAAUCAACCCAACGAGCUCCCCGAAACCCUAAACCCUAGCAGGAGAGAAGAAAUUGUCGAGCAGAGACGGAAGGAAGAAAACGGGGCGUGGAGAGGCACUGAAAAAUAUGUGGAUGAAACCAAAAGCCGACGUGGCUUAUCCACCGCUGCAAGAAACGAAGACUACGUGGAGGGCAUUGAAGUUCAGGAAUAUAUACCUUCUUUUCUUCAACCAUCGGUUGCCUGCCAAAUGGAGGUCCUUCGCCCCCUUCGGAUACCGGUUCCGAAAUGCGGAUCUCCGAGAGGGAAGAUGGUGGUACAGCUGCGUCCUAUUCUUCAUGCGAACCACUUGGUUCAGCAUCGUCGGCGUAGGCGUCGGCGGCUUCUGAGGUCGGAAGCGACGGGGGGUCGGUCGCCGGAGGCGGCGGGAGGGAAGAUGGUGGUACAGCUGGUGGGAGCGUUCAACGAGGUGACGGAGAGGAUGAACUCGGUGUGGCUGUCGACGUGCUCCUCGAGGCUUCUCUUCAAGGCCUUGAAGCUCUCUAUCCCCAUCUUACAGUCUCUUCCUCCAGCCCCUGACGGCCGCUCUCCUCUCUCCAAGGCUCUCUCCCUUGCUCUUCUUCUCGCCGAUCUCCAGAUGGAUGGAGAAGUGAUCUCGGCGAGCAUAUUGAGCGAGAUUGUAGAGGCAGGUGCAAUAUCCAUUUAUGAAGUUAGAGACCGGAUUAGUACUGGCACUGCUCAUUUGCUGCACGAGAUUGUCCGCAUGAAAAGCAUCCCAUUUAAGAUUGAUGUGUUAGAUGACGAGACCGCAGCUGCCCUGAGGAAGUUCUACCUCACAUACUAUGAUGUCAGAGCUGUGAUCAUGGACCUCAUUCUGAAGCUUGACAAGAUGAGGCAUUUAGAUCACUUGCCGAGAUAUAGCCAGCAGAUGCUCUCGCUCGAGGUGAUGAAGAUCUAUGCUCCAUUGGCUCACACUGUGGGAGCCAAUCGCCUAUCCUUGGAGCUCGAGGACCUCUCUUUCAGCCACCUUUUCCCGUACUCAUAUCUCUAUCUUGAUUCUUGGUUAAGAAAUCAUGAGUCCGGGUCUACGCCUCUGAUAGAUGUGUACAAAGAGCAUCUUCAUCAGGCUUUGAAGGCUGAUCCAGCCUUGGCCACGAUGACGGAUGAUGUUAUUGUAAAAGGUCGAUAUAAAAGCCGGUACAGCAUGAUGAAGAAGCUCUUGAGAGAUGGGCGUAAGCCCGAAGAAGUGAACGAUGUGCUCGGAUUACGAGUGAUAUUGAUGCCGAGUUCUGCUGCAGACACUGCUAACACGGGAGAAGAAGCUUGCUACAGGACCCGUCAAAUUAUCCAAUCUUUGUGGAAGGAGAUACCAGAGAGAACGAAAGAUUACAUUGCGCAUCCAAAAGCAAAUGGGUAUAGGAGUUUACACAUGGCGGUGGAUGUGAGCGAGAGGGGUCGGGUGAGACCUCUGAUGGAGAUACAGAUACGGACAACAGAUAUGGAUGCAUUGGCAAACGCUGGCACUGCAUCACAUUCGUUGUACAAGGGUGGUCUAACAGACCCCGAAGAGGCAAAGCGGAUAAAGGCGAUAAUGAUGGCUGCUACAGAACUUGCUGAGAUACGGAUGAAGGAUCUUUCGUAUGGCAAAAGCCAAGGUUGGAAGGGAAAGCAAAGAGAGGGAGAGGGAGUAUUCUCACUGCUUGACAAGAACGGGGAUGGAAGGAUAAGCAUAGAGGAGCUAAUAGAGGUGAUGGAAGAGCUGGGAGCCCCAGGAGAGGAUGCGGAGGAGAUGAUGCAGCUUCUGGACUUGAACAAUGACGGGUCUCUGAGUUGUGAUGAAUUCGACAACUUCCAAAAACAGGUGGAGUUUACCAGGAAAUUGGAAGAAAAGGAUCGAGAGUACAGGAGCAUGCUGGAUGAGAAACUUCAUCAAGUUUCAUCAUCAUCAUCUCCUCUGGUUUGAUUCAGCUCAACAGCAGGGAGCUCGGCAAUGCACACCCACUUCCUAAUCAUUCCUGAAUUGUGCCAUUUGAAACUAGUAUCGUGUAUGUAUAUACAUAAAUGGGGGAUGCAAACAAAUAAUUAUGCACAUAGAGAGUGUGUGUGUGUGUGUGUGAUACAAACUGCAAAUGGUAUGGGAUUGCAUCCGCUUGCACA